AAAAAUUCAUUCACAGACUCUGUGCUAGCUGCACGGUCCUCCCAUGCAUGCAUGCGUGCACACAUGACACUUGCAUACACACACACACAGAGCACACUCUUGGAAUGGUAGCUCUGGAUUGACAACUCUGAGCUGGAGAGGGGGAGGAGGCUUCUCUGCUGAUGAGUAGCACUGAAGAACAGCAGCUCCUGUUUCCUGGGUCUCUGUGGGCAGCAUCGAGGGUGAAGGAGGAGGAGGCAGAGGGAAGAAGCAGAGUGUGAGAGGCAGGCGGGCUGCAUCGCAUCAACAGCCCCUCAGUGGCACUGGCCCAUUACCUGCCCACCCUAGACGUGACCCUGACUGUCCAGUAUGGCUCUCAUAGUUCAUCUGAAGACCAUCACAGAGCUGAAAGGCAAGGGCGACCGCAUCGCCAAAGUGACUUUCCGAGGACACUCCUUCUACUCAAGAGUGCUGGAGAACUGUGAGGAUGAAGCUGAAUUUGAUGAGACCUUCCGAUGGCCAGUUGGCAGUAACAUCGAUGGCAGUGAGAUGCUAGAGAUCCAAGUAUUCAACUACAGCAAAGUCUUCAGCAAUAAGAUCAUUGGGACCUUCCGCAUGGUACUGCAGCAGGUGGUAGAGGAGGGCUACCUAGAAGUGACGGAUACUCUGAUAGAUGACAACAAUGCCACCAUCAAGACCAGCAUAUGUGUGGAGGUCCAGUACCAGGCAGCUGAUGGGACCGUGGGCUCCUGGAAUGAAGGCGAAUUCCUUGGGAAUGACUCUCUACAAGGGGAAGAGAAGGCCAGCCAGGAGACAGAUGGUCUGCUCCCAGGUUCCCACCGCGGUUCCCGUCAGCCUGGGGAGAAGAGUUUUAGGAGAGCUGGAAGGAGUGUGUUCUCUGCCAUGAAACUUGGCAAGAGUCGACCCCACAAGGAAGAGCAACAGAGACAAGAUGAGCCAGCUGUACUUGAGAUGGAGGACCUUGACCGCCUGGCCAUUCACCUUGGGGAUGGCCUGGACCCAGACUCUAUUUCCUUGGCCUCUGUCACUGCACUUACUACCAAUGUCUCCAAUAAGAGGUCCAAGCCUGACAUCAAGAUGGAGCCGAGUGCUGGACGGCCCAUGGAUUACCAGGUCAGCAUCACAGUCAUCGAAGCUCGUCAGCUUGUGGGGCUGAACAUGGACCCUGUAGUAUGUGUGGAGGUGGGAGAUGACAAGAAGUACACCUCCAUGAAGGAGUCAACCAACUGCCCCUAUUACAAUGAGUACUUUGUCUUCGACUUCCACGUCUCUCCUGAUGUCAUGUUCGACAAGAUCAUCAAGAUCUCGGUGAUUCACUCCAAGAACCUCCUACGCAGUGGAACCCUCGUGGGGUCUUUCAAGCUGGACGUGGGAACUGUUUACUUGCAGCCGGAACACCAGUUCCAUCACAAGUGGGCUAUCCUGUCAGACCCAGAUGACAUCUCAGCUGGGCUGAAGGGCUAUGUCAAGUGUGACAUUGCUGUGGUGGGCAAGGGAGACAACAUCAAGACCCCCCACAAGGCCAAUGAAACCGAAGAGGAUGACAUUGAGGGGAACUUACUGCUCCCCGAUGGGGUGCCCGCCGAGCGCCAGUGGGCCCGUUUCUAUGUGAAGAUAUACCGGGCAGAGGGGCUGCCCCGCAUGAACACGAGCCUCAUGGCCAACGUGAAAAAGGCAUUCAUCGGUGAAAAUAAGGACCUCGUCGACCCCUACGUCCAAGUCUUCUUUGCUGGCCAAAAGGGUAAGACAUCUGUGCAGAAGAGCAGUUAUGAGCCCUUGUGGAAUGAACAAAUCAUCUUCACAGACCUGUUCCCCCCACUCUGCAAACGCAUGAAGGUGCAGAUCCGGGACUCAGACAAGGUCAAUGAUGUAGCCAUUGGAACCCAUUUCAUUGACCUGAGAAAGAUUUCCAAUGACGGAGACAAAGGCUUCCUGCCCACUCUGGGCCCAGCCUGGGUGAAUAUGUAUGGUUCCACUCGAAACUACACCCUGCUAGAUGAGCACCAGGACCUGAAUGAGGGGCUGGGUGAAGGUGUGUCCUUCCGAGCCCGCCUGAUGCUGGGUCUAGCUGUGGAAAUACUGGACACCUCCAACCCUGAGCUCACCAGCUCGACUGAGGUGCAGGUGGAACAAGCCACGCCGGUUGCUGAUAGCUGCACAGGGAAAAUGGAAGAAUUCUUUCUCUUUGGGGCUUUCCUGGAGGCCUCCAUGAUCGACCGGAAGAAUGGAGACAAGCCUAUCACCUUUGAAGUCACCAUAGGGAACUAUGGCAACCAGGUAGAUGGGAUGUCUCGACCACAACGUCCAAGGAAGAAGGAGAGUGGGGAUGAGGAAGAAGUGGACCUGAUCCAAAACUCCAGUGAUGAUGAAGGAGACGAGGGUGGAGAUCUGGUGUCCGUCUCCUCCUCACCUCCAAUGCGGCCCCAAAUCACAGACAGAAACUAUUUCCAUCUGCCCUACUUGGACCGCAAGCCCUGUAUCUACAUCAAGAGCUGGUGGCAGGACCAGCGUCGCCGCCUCUACAAUGCCAAUAUCAUGGACCGUAUUGCAGACAAGCUGGAGGAGGGUCUGAAUGACGUACAAGAGAUGAUCAAGACAGAGAAGUCUUACCCAGAGCGUCGUCUCCGAGGUGUUCUGGAAGAGCUCAGCUGUGGCUGCUAUCGAUUUCUCUCACUUGCUGACAAGGACCAGAGCCAAUUAUCUCGGACAAGGCUUGACAGGGAGAGACUCAAGUCCUGCAUGAGGGAGCUGGAGAGCAUGGGGCAGCAGGCAAAGGCGCUGAGGGCUCAGGUGAAGAGGCACACUGUGCGGGACAAGUUGAAGCUGGUACAGAACUUCCUCCAGAAGCUUCGAUUUCUGUCAGAUGAGCCCCAACACAGCAUCCCGGACGUCUUCAUCUGGAUGAUGAGCAGUAACAAGCGAAUUGCCUACGCUCGGGUGCCCUCCAAAGACGUGCUGUUCUCUAUUGUGGAGGAGGAAGCUGGGAAGGACUGCGCCAAAGUCAAGACCCUAUUCCUCAAGCUGCCAGGAAAGAGAGGCUUUGGCUCAGCUGGCUGGACAGUACAGGCCAAGCUGGAGCUAUACCUGUGGCUGGGUCUCACCAAGCAGCGGAAAGACUUCCUGUGUGGCCUGCCCUGUGGCUUUGAGGAGGUCAAGGCAGCCCAGGGCCUGGGCCUACAAUCCUUCCCCCCCAUCAGUCUCUGCUAUACCAAGAAGCAGGAAUUCCAGCUCAGGGCCCACAUGUAUCAGGCUCGAAGCCUCUUUGCUGCGGAUAGCAGUGGCCUCUCAGACCCCUUCGCCAGAGUCUUCUUCAUCACCCAGAGUCAGUGCACAGAGGUUUUAAAUGAGACUCUGUGCCCAACCUGGGACCAGAUGUUGGUAUUUGACAACCUGGAGCUAUAUGGAGAGGCCCAUGAGCUGCGAGAUGACCCCCCCAUCAUUGUCAUUGAAAUAUAUGACCAGGACACUAUGGGGAAGGCGGACUUCAUGGGCCGGACCUUUGCCAAGCCAGUAGUGAAGAUGGCAGAUGAGGAUUACUGCCCACCCCGAUUCCCUCCCCAGCUUGAGUAUUACCAGAUCUACCGAGGCAAUGCCACAGCUGGGGACCUGCUGGCUGCCUUUGAACUGCUGCAGAUUGGACCAGCAGGGAAGGCUGACCUACCUCCCAUUAAUGGCCCUGUGGACACGGAUCGAGGCCCCAUCAUGCCUGUGCCCCUCGGCAUUCGGCCUGUGCUCAGCAAAUACCGCAUUGAGGUGCUCUUCUGGGGUCUCCGGGACCUGAAACGAGUGAAUCUGGCCCAGGUGGACCGGCCUCGAGUGGAUAUUGAAUGUGCAGGCCGAGGGGUGCAGUCAUCUUUGAUCCACAACUAUAAGAAGAACCCCAAUUUCAACACCCUUGUCAAGUGGUUUGAAGUAGACCUUCCAGAGAAUGAGCUGCUGCACCCUCCACUUAAUAUCAGGGUAGUAGACUGUCGAGCUUUUGGCCGAUACACCCUAGUGGGCUCUCAUGCUGUCAGCUCCCUUCGUCGGUUCAUCUAUAGGCCCCCUGAUCGCUUUUCCCCCAACUGGAACACCACAGUUGGGCUGUACAGGGGGGGCCGGGUGCUGUCCAACGGGGGUCCCUGCUACCAUCCUACAGGGGAGAUUGUGAUCAACAUGGAACCCGAAGCUCCGGUCAAGAAACUGGAGACCAUGGUGAAGCUAGAUGCGAGCUCUGAUGCUGUCGUCAAGGUGGACGUGACAGAGGAGGAGAAGGACAAGAAGAAGAAGAAGAAGAAAGGAACCACAGAGGAGCCAGAGGAGGAGGAGCCAGAUGAAAGCAUGUUGGACUGGUGGUCUAAAUAUUUUGCAUCUAUUGACACCAUGAAAGAGCAACUUAAACAUCAAGAGGCAGCAGCAGUUGACCCUGAGGACAAGGAGGAGAUGGACACCACUGAGGGCCCAAAAGGACACAUGAAAGCCAAGGAGAAGGCAAAGGGAGCCAAGGAAGAGAAGAAGAAGAAAGUUCAGAACCAAGGACAGGGUCAGGGUUCUGAUGUCCCAGAGAAAAAGAAGCCCAAGAUAGAUGAACUCAAGGUUACCCCCAAGGAGCUGGAAUCAGAGUUUGACAACUUUGAGGACUGGCUGCACACUUUCAACCUGCUUCGAGGCAAGAUUGGCGAUGAUGAGGACAGCUCCACAGAGGAGGAGCGCAUAGUGGGCAGGUUCAAGGGCUCUCUCUGUGUAUACAAGGUGCCUCUCCCAGAGGACAUAUCCCGGGAAGCUGGUUAUGACCCCACCUAUGGCAUGUUCCAGGGCAUUCCAAGCAAUGACCCCAUCAAUGUCCUUGUCCGGGUUUAUGUGGUUCGAGCCACAGACCUGCACCCUGCUGACAUCAAUGGCAAAGCUGACCCCUAUAUUGCCAUCCGUCUGGGGAAGACAGACAUCCGGGAUAAAGAGAACUAUAUCUCCAAGCAGCUUAAUCCCGUCUUUGGAAAGUCCUUUGACAUUGAAGCCUCUUUCCCCAUGGAGUCCAUGUUGACUGUGGCUGUGUAUGAUUGGGAUCUGGUUGGCACCGAUGACCUCAUUGGAGAGACCAAGAUCGACUUGGAGAAUCGAUACUACAGCAAGCACCGGGCCACUUGUGGCAUUGCCCAGACCUAUUCCAUACAUGGCUACAAUAUUUGGCGGGAUCCCAUGAAGCCAUCACAGAUCCUAUCUCAGCUCUGCAAGGAAGGAAAAGUAGAUGGGCCUCACUUUGGGCCUCCUGGGCGUGUCAAGGUGGCCAACCGUGUCUUUACUGGCCCUUCUGAAAUUGAGGAUGAAAAUGGUCAGAGGAAGACCAGUGAUGAGCAUGUGGCAUUGGCUGCCUUACGACACUGGGAGGACAUCCCCCGGGUAGGCUGUCCUCUGGUACCUGAACACGUGGAGACCCGACCUCUGCUCAACCCUGACAAGCCAGGCAUUGAGCAGGGACGUCUGGAGCUGUGGGUGGAUAUGUUCCCCAUGGAUAUGCCUGCUCCUGGGACACCUUUGGACAUCUCACCCCGAAAGCCCAAGAAGUAUGAGCUGCGAGUCAUUGUAUGGAACACAGAUGAAGUGGUGCUAGAGGAUGAUGACUUUUUUACAGGGGAAAAAUCCAGUGACAUCUUCGUGCGGGGGUGGCUGAAGGGGCAGCAAGAAGACAAACAAGAUACUGAUGUUCACUAUCAUUCCCUGACUGGCGAGGGGAACUUUAACUGGCGCUACCUGUUCCCCUUCGACUACCUGGCAGCCGAGGAGAAGAUCGUCAUCUCCAAGAAGGAGUCCAUGUUCUCUUGGGAUGAGACAGAGUACAAGAUCCCUGCUCGGCUCACCUUGCAGAUCUGGGACGCAGACCACUUCUCUGCUGAUGACUUCUUGGGUGCCAUUGAGCUGGACCUGAACAGGUUCCCCCGAGGCGCCAAGACGGCCAAGCAGUGCUCCAUGGAGAUGGCCACUGGGGAGGUGGAGGUACCCUUGGUCUCCAUCUUCAAACAGAAGCGUGUCAAAGGCUGGUGGCCCUUGUUGGCCCGGAAUGAGAAUGAUGAGUUUGAGCUUACGGGAAAAGUGGAGGCAGAGUUGCAUCUAUUAACUGCUGAGGAGGCGGAGAAGAACCCUGUGGGCUUAGCACGAAAUGAACCAGACCCUUUGGAGAAACCUAACCGGCCGGACACCAGCUUCAUCUGGUUUUUAAAUCCUCUCAAGUCUGCUCGUUACUUCCUGUGGCACACGUAUCGUUGGUUUCUGCUGAAGAUCCUGCUGCUGGUGCUUCUUCUCCUCCUCAUUGGCCUCUUUCUCUACUCUGUGCCUGGCUACCUGGUCAAGAAGAUCAUUGGUGCCUAAGCGUGCUUUAGUCCUCAAUGGUCUGGUACUUCUCCCCUUUGCUGCCUUCUCCAAGGACUCCACUGCUGAAAAAAGCAACCCUCCUUUCCUUUUCUUCCUCUCUUCCCUUUUUUUCCCUUCCCUUAUCUUUCCUUUCCUUGUGGGAAGAGGGAGAAUUCUCCAAAGAAAUUGUAAACACAAUCUUUAUCAGCAGAUUGGAACACAAAAGGGGAAAAGGGCUACCCCAGGGACAGCUAGCAAAUCCCAAAUAGAACCUAAGAACCCACGCUCCCAGCCUAGAAUUUACUCCCUCUGUGAUAGGUUCAGUGAAAUUCAAUCUAAACAUUUGUUGUUUCUUCCAUUUUUAACUUCAAAAAACUUCAACUCAGAUUUAUUAAGUGCCUGUUAUGUACAAAGCACUUGAAUUACAAAAAUAAAACUGUCCUGCCCUGAAGAAGCUUACAGUUUACUAUAUACAACAAGCACACAGAUACGUAAAUACAAAGUAAUUUCAAGAGUGGGGAAGCAUCAACAACUGGGGAGACCGGGAGAGGUUUCAUACAGCUCAUAGCACCAGAACUGGGCUUUGAAGGAAGCCAGGGGUUUUACAAGGCAGAGGUAAAGAGGGAGUGCAUUCCAGACUUGUGAGACCAGAGGUGGGAGGUAGGAAAUAUAAUGUCUUGUGCGGCUUGCUAGGUGCUGGCAGUACAAAAGUGAAAAACCAAGUGGUCCCUCCCUAGGAGAAUGACGUGAACACAGAUAAUCAUACAAAUUAGAAUGUAAACUUACUAGCUGUGUGACCCUGGGCAAGUCACUUAACCCCAUUGCCUAGACCAAAAAACAAACAAAAAACCAAACAGAUUAGAAUGUAAUUCAGUGCAUAGAAGGAGUCAGGCAUCAGAAGACUAAGGAGGGAGGGAGGGAAUAAUUUCUAGUUUAUGGAGUAUCAAUUGAUUCAUGACUUUGAGGAUGAAAAAGUUUUCAUCCAAUGAUGUGGAGGAACAUGCAGGGUAGCCUACAGGGGCAGGAGAGGGCAGGCCAGGUUUGGAUAAUGUCAGGUAGUACCAUCUGGAGUAAUAAAAACAAUAACUUGAAUUUAUAGCAAGCUUUAGGAUAUGGGCAGCACUUUGCAUACGUUAUCUAAUUUGGGCUUUGCAACAACCUUCUGAGAUAAGUGCUAUCAUUACAAGCUGUUUAGACAAAAAGACUUAGUGCCUUUCAAAGCCACAGCCAUACAACUAAGAAAUGUCUGAAGCAAGACUCGAACCUGUAUCUUCCUGCCUCCAGGUCCAGUGUUUCCAACACUACCGCACACAGUCUCUUGACAGAUGCAGCGCCCAAUGGCCAAAUUACAAGAGCAGCUGGUUGGGUAGGCACGCAUUGGUUACUCUGUUAAACAUCCCAACUCAAAUCUUUUUCCUCUCCCCAGCCGGCCAGAUACUGCCUUUGUCUGGUUCCUCAACCCUCUGAAGUCCAUCAAGUACCUCAUUUGCACCCGAUACAAGUGGCUCAUUAUCAAGA